CGUCAUAAUGAAAGUGCACUAAAUCGUUAAUUGGGAAGGUCAGUGGUGCGACAGUGACCGUGUGGAGCACUAGACCCGCGACCCGCGCGCCCGCCGCACGUGUAGUAGAGGCUCCGCCUAGUGCUGCUAGUGCAACAUGUGUGUGUACGCGAGGGUGGACAUGGCUCUCUCCAUCCAGUAGCGACGGCGCCCGCCUGCCUGGUGCGACAUGAGGAGCCACUGCUGGCGGACUGUUGCUCUGAUCAUGCUGUGUGGCGUGGUGAGCUCGAUGCCGGUGCGACGGCUAGACGACGCGGACUCCACGGAGCAGAGGGCGUCGCCGGGGGGCGCGGGGGCGGAGGUCAUCUCCGUCCGGAUCACCUCCUCCGUGGCCGUGGACCGCGGCUCCCGCCGACACCGCACGCACAAGCAGCCAGCUCACACCAUACUAGAUACGUCUCCAAGAAUAGAACCUGCUGAUACUCCAAGCACGAACAAUUCUACAGAGAACACGCGAGAUCAAGAGCUAGAGGGCGCCAACGUGGAGUUUCUAAAACAAUUGAAAGCCAAGAAGGAAGCUCAAGGUUUAAACAAAGUGGAGCGAGUCCACGAUCUCCCAGAAAACUUAGAUAAGGAAGCAAAUAUGCCCGAAGACUCCAUAGUAGAGGAGUCUGUUAAAUCAAUAUUAGAAGUUCCUCUGAAUAGCGACGACAGCGAGGGGGCAGGCGAGGAGCCGCGCGGGCGCUCCGUGGCCGCCGCGCCGCCCCGCAACUUCAUCCACGGUCUCGGCAAGAGACCGCUCGCCGAUAGAAGUCGACGACUGACCACGGCUGUAAGCUUCAACAUAGUCCACAGCUCGUACAAGGCGACUCCCAACUACAGCGACCACACGGGCGCGGAGCCGGGCCCGAGCCUCCCGGACAACUACUACAGCGAGCCGCAGCGGCUCUACAGCGAGGCUCCUGCAGGGUUUACACCAUCGCACAAACCCUACAGCGACCUGCCCAGCGCUAGCAGCCAGGCUACAGAGGUUACCAGCCAGAUCACUGAGGGCUACAGUGAUACCACUAAAAUAUUUAAUACUCCACCAGAAAUAAUUAGUGAAAUGAUAAAUACAGGCAGUGAGGAUCCUGCUAUCAGUGAGACGAAAGACUUUAGCAUAUCUCCAGAAGUUAGCACAGAAAUUCCUAAAGCUUCUACCCCACCUGAGGAAGCUUCAAGUGUAAUCCCCAACAACCCUUCGAAGGUCUACAGUGAACCUUCGAAAAUCUACAGCGAACCACCUAAAGUUUACAGCACCCCGCCUAAAGUAUACAGCGAGCCGCCUAAAAUUUACAGCCAGCCUGCGAAAAUCUACAGUGAGCCUGCUAAAAUUUACAGUGAACCGGCCAAGAUAUACAGCGUGCCUAGCAAAGUGUAUAGUGUACCUUCGAAGGUGUACAGCGAGCCCGCUAAGAUCUACAGUGAGCCUUCCAAGUUUUACAGUCAGCCGGCGUCCUUGCACUUGCCGUGGCCGGGGCAGGAGGCUGGCAGCCCUACGACAACCACCACUACAGAAGCGCCGACCACCACCGAGCUCGACACGGCCCUCGACCAAGAGAUGGGCGAUGAAGACGCGGGCGUGAAGUCCGACGGCGACAGCGCUAGCGACUGCGCGCAGGACAAGUGCAAGGUGGGCUACGUGGUGGAGGGGCGGCAGUACCGCAAGUACCGCGUGGAGGAGCGCACGGCCGACGGCUACCUGGUGGGCGAGUACGGCGUAGUGCGCCACGAGGACGGCGCGCUGCGCGGCGUGCGCUACACGGCCGACCAAGCCGCCAGCCCGCGCCUCAUACACGACGCGCUCAUGAAGUUCCUGCAGCUAUGAGCGCCAUUAUACACUAGACAAUUCGGCCUGGUUUUACAGUCACGCUGAUGCGGAUUGCCGAGAACGAUUGCUUUGACUGGGUUUUGAUCCGUCAGUAUCUCAACAGUCUGACUGUUAAACUAGCCUCAGGCCAGCUCUAUACGUUGGCCCCGACGUUGCUGGUCCAACGUGUGGAGCCAGCGUUACUCUCUUAUUUGUUGGAGAAUAUUCAUGGACUUUAUGGGCAUGACGCGCUGAGUGUAGCUGCGGUUUGCGGGUGAACUGAGAGACCGUAGGGGUCACUGUGUCUGCCUGGAAUAUGUGAUUGUGGACUGUGUUGGUAGGAAUGCCCGACGUCUGCCGUAAACUAAUUGUGAUCAAUUAUAUGCUUUGCAAAAUCCGAAUUCUGUAUUCGAUGAUUAUUAUAUCGCUUAUAAUUAUGUAGUUUAUUGUAUUUAUUUAUCGCCUUCUACAUUAAAUAUUGCAUCAAUUUGCUCAAUGGAUGUCACGUUAGUAAAGCAUGUGUGAGUAUAUGGUAUCAACUAAAUAUAAUUCGGUGCCAUUUUACGUUUAGUUUGUAAGUAGAAGAUACAAUUGUGUUCAUUGUGACCCGAAUACAGACUUGAUCAAAUUUAAACAAGUGUUUUUUUACCUGAAUGGUACUUGGUUCAUAAAUAAGAUAUUACCAACUAAUUUUUAUUAUUUGGAAAGGGUUUAAAAGAAAAAUAUGUGUAUCAAUAUUUGAUUAUAUUAAAUUAAUUAUUUUAGAACA